UCACAGUUGUUUUGAACGCAGCAUACAUUGCACCCUUCAUCAAAAUGGAGCGAGUUUACUAAUUGUCGUCGUGACGUCAUGUGCAAUCGAUCAGAUCAGUUUUGGACAAGGCCGGGGGUGGUGCAGUUAAAUAUGUGUCUUUUGCAAUAAUGUAUCCCUUUUAGUUGUGUCUAGCUAUGUAUGUUAACACUGACAAAUCUUUGUGGCUUCGGCUGAAAUGUAUUUAGGCCUAGCUCUACCUUUUCCUGCUCAAGUCACAUGAUUGACUACACCGACCGUGCAGCAGGAGGACUUCGUGGGCUCUGUCUGGCUAGUCGCUACGAAACGGGGAUAUGUGCUAGCAGAAGGGUUUGCUUCUCUCUCUCAAGAUAUUAUUGAGUCGUAAAACUUCCACGAGACCGAGGACAGAGGGAUUUAGUAUUUUUCUUUUGAGUGGAACACAAACAGGCCUGUCCUUAAAGCUGUUUGUCUGUCAAUGUCAGGGUAGCAGCCACAUUGAAUGAGGUUUCAGUCUCACAUGGGCAAGAUGGAUAGAUCAUAACAAGACAUUACUUCAAAGGUGCAAAUUGAUUUCGUAAUGACAAGCUGCUGUGCAGAAGAUGUCCACACUGUCUGCGACUGAUAUCACAGAUGUUGGUCAUGGUGAGGUGUUCGACGGGGCCCCAGAGCUGCAGCUGGACUGCCUCGGCAGUGGUAACGACCGCAGCAGUGCAGAAAUGAAGCAUGAGGGCAACCUCCUCCCCCUGGAACCGCCCCACCAUGCAGGGUUUUCCAGCCCCCCCCAGAAAGGGCCUUCCUCACUAGCUGAGAAGAGCAGCCCGCUGCCCAUGGAGCCCAGCGACAUCAAGGCCGACUCCGCCGGCGACAUGCCUGCCAACACAGAGGGCAAGCCGGUGAAGAGGAAGAAGGGUCCAGCCCCCAAGAUGCUGGGGAACGAGGUGUGCAGCGUGUGCGGGGACAAGGCUUCGGGCUUCCACUACAACGUGCUGAGCUGCGAGGGCUGCAAGGGCUUCUUCCGCCGCAGUGUCAUAAAGAGCGCCCAGUACUCGUGCAAGAACAACGGCCGCUGUGAGAUGGAUAUGUACAUGCGCCGCAAGUGCCAGCAGUGCCGGCUGCGCAAAUGCCGUGAGGCGGGCAUGCUGGAGCAAUGUGUUCUCUCAGAGGAGCAGAUCCGAGGGAAGAAGAUGAAGAAGAACGAGGAAGAGAAUGCGCGCACGUCUGCCGUGGUGACCCCCACCCUGGUGCCGGAGGUGGUCCCGCUGGCGCCCGAGCAGCUGGAGAUGAUCGAGAAGCUGGUGUCCAUGCAGAAGCAGUGCAACAAGCGCUCGUUCAUCGACCGGCCCAAAGUCACGGUGAUUCCGUGGCCCCAGAGUCAGGACCCUCAGAACAGGGAGGUGAGACAGCAGCGCUUUGCCCACUUCACCGAGCUGGCCAUCAUGUCGGUCCAGGAGAUAGUAGACUUUGCCAAGCAGCUGCCUGGCUUCCUGGAGCUCACCAGAGAGGACCAGAUUGCCCUGCUGAAGACCUCAACUAUUGAGAUCAUGCUGCUGGAGACAUCGCGGCGAUAUAACCCUGCCAUUGAGAGCAUCACGUUCCUGAAGGACUUCAGUUAUAACAAGGAGGAUUUUGCCAAAGCAGGGCUGCAGUUGGAGUUUAUCAACCCCAUCUUUGAGUUCUCCAAGGGCAUGAACGACCUGCACCUGGACGAGGCGGAGUACGCUCUGCUCAUCGCCAUCAACAUCUUCUCUGCAGGUCAGAGGUCAAGUGACCGGCCCAAUGUGCAAGACCAUGAACUGGUGGAGCGACUGCAGCAGCCGUACGUGGACGCACUACGUUCUUACAUCAUGAUAAAGAGACCAAACGAUCACCUGAUGUUUCCACGCAUGCUCAUGAAGCUGGUCAGCCUCCGCACCCUCAGCAGUGUCCACUCUGAGCAGGUCUUCGCCCUGCGCCUCCAGGACAAGAAGCUCCCGCCGCUGCUCUCUGAAAUCUGGGAUGUCCACGAGUGACUCCGCCGACGCCCUCGCGGAACUCUGCCGCGCUUUGCAAACCUGCGUACUGGGAUGGACAGAAACAUUAGGGCCGUCUUUCGAGUGUCGAAAAAAAGACUUGAGAAUGAAGUGAAGCCUCCCAGGCUACCCAAACACGGCGGAUCAAACCUACAGAUUGGUUGCCAGAUUGGAGGAACUUUUUCAUUUUUUUCUAUAUCUUCUGUGCAGUUUGGCAGGAUAGUGAUGGCCCUCUGUCCUGCAGACUGGGACACUAAUCUCAUGGGGGAUGUUGGGGCAUAGAAAUGGAAUAUAAUUGGUAAUUCUAUUUCUAUGGGUUGAGGAUUGUGCAUACCUGGUUUCUCUCCCUCGCCCAUUCCGUUGUCUUAAAGGUGAGACGGGCUUGUGGUGAGAUUGUGCUGCCAUGGUCAGUUUGGCUCAGACUUGCUAGCCAGUGUUGACCAUUAAAUCUAUUGAUAUCUGUUGAUAGUCAGUCUCGUGAUAGGCCUAUCUAUAACGACAAUUGCCAUGAAGCUUCGAGAAGGUUUUGGCAAUGGCACCCUCCUCUCAGAUCCACAUCAUGGAUGAUAACCCCAUAGUGAAAAUUAACAGAAAAAUACAUGUUAUAGCCCUGUGUUGCAAUGGGAUAGGAUACAGAGGUAUCCUAACUGCUGCCCAAUGUUAAGAAAUGUGUCUUAUUGGUGUCCACUGUCCAGAUGUAUGUUAGAAUGGUAGGUCACCUGCUUGAUAUUGUUGCGAUAGAGCAGUUUAGUAGUCAGCCAUUUUAUUUGUUCUCCUCUCGGGGAAGUAAUAGGAAAGCAAUUCUGAAUUGUUUAAGGUAAAGUGAUUGGAAGUGUUGGUAUAGAGAUGCGUAGUCCACCACUUUCAAGCGCAGGGCCCCCACCAACCAUUUGUAAAUGCACUCAAACAUUGAUUUACAUGUACAAAGUAUAUAUUAAGAUGACAAAAUAUAUAUAUAUAGUAUGCCCACAAGUGAAGACAUCCAUACAAAACGACUGUACAAUCAACACUCACUAACGCACAAGCAAGCAUUUUUUUUUUUUAAGCAUCACUGGAUAUAUGACAGACAAGCUGAGCUCUUCUACACUGGAACAACUUCAACGCUACACUAGGGAGUAGUAAGCUUAGGCCCGGGAUGGGCAACUUUGAUGAGGGUGGAGGCACAGAAAAACAGAACUCAUCAUGCAGUGGCUCGUGGGUCUGCGUACCCACAAUCCCCCCC